GCCGGCUCAGCCUGCACCAACCAGCCCGGCUCCCUUGAAGUGCUGGGAUGGGCUGGCUGCAACCUGAGAGCAUCCUAAAAAUAACCCCCUGCCCGGCAGAGGAAUGACCUUCUGGGACUUUGUCCGGCUGGGUGGGCAGGCACCUGGGGCUGCAGAGUCCAUGCCCCCUGGCAGGUACCCAGCAGCCGGGGGUGGGAGGUCACACGCACGCAGAGGGUGAACAUCAAGCAAGGGGGACGGCUGCUUGGGGAGCGCUGCCAGGGCCCAGGUGGCCGGUGGGAUUCCCAGCCUGCUAGAAGAGGGGCUUUUGUUAUGGAAUAGAUUUGCAAGCCCAGGCAGUACUCGACGUGACAGGGUGUGCAGGCCCCGCUGAGCCAUGCAGAGAUCUCAGGGGCAGAGCAACCUCCAUCCGGCUGGGGGAACAGGAAGGGGCUUAGGGAGAGCUCCCCCGAGCCCUGCCAUCCCUCCCAAAAGAGCCAAAGUUGCGACGACUGAGCAGGGAAACCCUGCUGCUGCUGCGCCGGUCUUCCUGCAGGAGCUGACGGACACGAUGGUCAGCAUCGGCCACAGCAUCCUACUGAAGGUCGUGGUGGCGGGCAGCCCCCAGCCACACCUGAGCUGGUACAAGGAGAAAGCGCCCAUCGCAUCCACCAAGGAGCAGGACGGCCAAGAGGAGGAGUAUGGCAGCCUACGGAUCUGCAGCAGCAAAGCAGCCGAUGCUGGGGUCUACAAAUGCGUGGCCAAGAAUGAACAUGGCGAAGCAGUCAGCAGCGCCACCGUGACUGUCGCAGAUAUGGAAGACUCGGAGACGGGAGAAGAUGAUGCCAGCAGCACACAGGUGACCCAACGCAGCCAGCUCCAGGAUGAGACCACCUAUAGCUCCCCGACAGGGGAGUCGGACACGCUGGUGGAUGCCUCCAUGAAGACCACUCCAACCUCGGUGCCAGGCCUGUCCCAGACAGAUGAGCACUCCAACUGGUCAGGGAGCCAGACCACGGUAUUGGAGAAGGACCCAGAGGCUGGCCCCACGGUGAGGGGACCCUACCUGCACCCCAGCAUUCCAAGCAACCUCCCCCAUGGUGGGUACCGGAGGGAUGAUGCCAACAGCAGCAGUAAAACCAGCACAGAUACCCUCCACCCACCAGCACAGAAGCCUCCUCUCCAGCGCCCAGUGUCCCCUCGAGCGGGGCAGUGCCCCGUCCAGCCGCCUGGGGCUGGCCGUGGCCCCACCCCACCUGUGGCUCCCCGCAGGAAGCUGCUGAUGCCCCCCGAGUUCCAAGACACGGCAUCCGAGGAACUGGACGAGAAGCUGAAGCGCCCCAAGUCAUCUGGCUACUCUCAGGCUUGCACAGGAGAGUCCCGGCCCCAGACACCACUGAGCGAGGCCUCCAGCCGCGUCUCCGUCCUCCGCCCAUCACCCAAGCUGCCGCGGGCGGGUUCCAAGAUCUUUGACAAGCUGAAGUUCUUUGAGGAGCGGCGCAAAAGCCUGGAGCAGAACGAGAACCAUUUUGCAGGCCACACGUGGCUGCCGCUACGCAAGACGCGCUCUUUCGACCAGCCUGGCUUUGACGAUGCCAGCCCCUUCCUCUCGGCUGUCUCCCACGAGGACCUGCAAGAGGAUACCCGCUCUGAGCUGGGCGGCGUGGCGUUCCGGCGCCGUGCCUUCCACCAGAAGGCGGCCUCCUUGGAUGAGCGCGGCCGCUUCUCCAGCCGUGUGCAUGACAUGGAGCACAAGUUCACAGAGGAGCUGGGCCGCAUCAAGCGCACCGUGUCUCAGCAGCAGCUGCGGCGGUCGCAAGAGCUCUUCAGGUCACCGUCGCCACGUUCCUCCACCGAGCCGCCUGCUCCCAGGGUCCCGCCACCACGGAAACUCAAGCCCCUCAAGGCUUUGCCCCUGGCAGAGAAUGCCCAUGGCGUGCAGCAGCUGGUGUUGUCCAGCGUGGUCCUUGUGGGGCCCAGAGACGAGACCAAGGGGGUGCAAAAGCCUCUGGCGAGGAGCGCGGCCACAGUUGAGCAGGCAGCAGAGCCCAGCAGGGGUCAGAAGGAAAGCGAGCUGAAUGGGCAGGAUCUGCGGAGGAAGGUGGAGCAGUGCCCGCUGACUUUGGCGGCCCCCUUGGGAAGGAGAGACCUCCUGCAGGCUGGGCAUCCGGAGAGCAAUGACUGCAUGGAUGGAGGGUCUGUGAACGUGGCAAAAGGGAGCCAUGAGCCCAAGGGUCCAAGUGCAACAUCACAUGUCCGGAAACGGGAAUCUGGCCAGAACGGACAUUCCCUGCCCUGCACCAAGACGGAGCCAGGAGCAGAUAGAAGCAGGGCAGGGACCCACGGUGCAAACAGAGAGUUGGAAAGAAAGACUGGGAAAGUGGCAGAGAAAAAGGACAAUGCAUUGCAGCCUCAGGAAGGGAAGAGCACUCGGAGCAGAGGCAAAGGGCGCCGGACGCGGCGAACGUCGCCUGAAUCAGAAUCUUCUGAUGAUUCCUACAUCUCAGCGGGUGAGGACCCACUGGAAGCCCCCAUCUUUGAGAUCCCUAUCCAGGAUGUAACAGUCAUAGCUGGAACAGAAGUGCUGUUCAAAUGCAUCAUCACAGGCAACCCUUCCCCAGAAGUGUCAUGGCGAAAGGAUGGCGUCCCCUUUCGGAGCAGUACCACUCGCCCUAUCAAAGCAGAGGGAGAACGCCACACCCUGCUGGUCAGGAGUGCCCGUGCGGCUGAUGCCGGCCUCUACACAGUUUGUGCCACCAAUGAAGUGGGCGAGGCCUGCUGCAGUGCCAUCUUGACUGUGCGGCCAGCUCCUGCAGAGUCCCACAGCCGAUUGGUACCCCAUCACGAGCUCAGCAGCCCUGUCACAUCAGAUGAAGAGUACCUGAGCCCCUUGGAAGAGUUCCCAGAGUCUGGCACCCCUCGGCACCACCCUGUCAUGAAAGUGCAACCCCGAUCUGAGAUUGGUCCGCCCCCAGUGCAUGUGGGCAUCAACUUCAAGGCUGCCCCAUCCUUUGAGGUGACACUGAGUGACCAGGAAGUACUGGAGGGGCAGGAUGUGGUCCUGUGCAUUCGGGUACAGGGAGAGCCAAAGCCUAUUGUGCACUGGUUGAAGAACAGGCAUCCAAUAAAGUAUGGGCGGCGCAUUUCUGCUGUGGAGGAGGAGGAUGGAUCUUUCUGCCUACAUAUCCGCAUGGUGGAGUGCACUGAUGCUGGCUAUUAUGCCUGCAAGGCCAUCAAUGAGUAUGGCACCAAGCAGUGUGAGGCCAAGCUUGAUGUACAAGUGCACCCUGAGACUCAGUCCUUGGCAGUGCUGGCCCCCCUGCAGGACGUGGUGGUGGGUGCUGGGGAUGCAGCUGUCUUCGAGUGCCUGGUGUCUGGCCCACCUGAUGUGGAUGUGGACUGGCUAUGGCGGGGGCGCCUGCUCCAGCCUGCUCUGCUCCAGUGCAAGAUGCAUUUCGAUGGGCGCAAGUGCAAGCUACUGCUCACCUCUGUGCAUGAGGAUGAUAGUGGUAUCUACACGUGCAAGCUUAGCACAGCUAAAGAUGAGCUGACAUGCAGCGCCAAGCUGACGGUCUUGCCCUCGCAGCAGCCACUCUUCACCCGCAAGCUGGAGGCCGUGGCUGUGGUGGAGGGGCGGAUGGCACGGUUCGACUGCAAGAUCAGCGGCAAACCCACACCAGUUGUCACCUGGACACGCUUCGGCCAGCCUGUGCAAGAGGGGGAAACCAUGCGCUUGCAGCGGGACGGCGGGCUGUACUCGCUGCUCCUCCUGCACGUGAGCUCCGAGGACGAGGGCCAGUACGGAGUGAGCGCCAGCAACAAACAUGGCCGAGCCGAGUGCACCGCUGAGCUGUACGUGGAGGAGCCAAGACCAGCAACCAGCUCUCAGAUCUCCAAGCUGGAGAAGAUGCCCUCUAUCCCUGAGGAGCCGGAACAAGGGGAGAGCGAAGUGGAGCGCUUCACCAUGCCUGACUUUCUGCGGCCGCUGCAUGACUUGGACGUGGUGGAAUCCAAGGAGGCUGUGCUCGAGUGCCAAGUGGCUGGGCUGCCCUACCCAGCCAUCACCUGGUUCCACAAGGGCCGACGCAUCGAGAGCACUGAUGAUCGCAGGAUGAUGCAGUUCAAGGAUGUGCAUCGCUUGGUCUUCAUCUCUGUCAGUCACGCCCACGCCGGGGUCUAUAAAAGUGUCAUUGCCAACAAACUGGGCAAAGCCACCUGCUAUGCUCACCUCUAUGUCACAGAUGUGGUGCCCACACCCCCUGAUGGCCCACCGGCCAUAGCUGCUGUCACUGGCCGAGCAGUCACACUGAAAUGGAACAAGCCCAAGUGGCUGGAUUCUGCUAUUGACCCUGCAGCUGUGACUUACACCAUCCAGCAGCAGGUCCUGGGUAGCAGCCACUGGACUGUGAUUGCCACUGGGGUGCGUGACAUCAGCUACACCGUCCUGGCUCUGAAGAAGGGCACCCGGUACAUGUUCCGUGUACUCACAGCUACAGCCAAGGCUAAUAGCAAGCCCUCUCCACCCACUGAGGCUGUGCAGCUCCUUGAUCGUGGGCCUUACCUAGCGGAGGCCCCCAUGAUCCUGGACAAGCCGGAUGUGGUGUAUGCGGUGGAGGGGCAGCCGGCCUGCAUCACUGUAACCCUCAACCAUGUAGAGGUUGCUGUCACCUGGAGAAGGUCCAGCGUGGUGCUGAAGGACAGCGAUGCCAGCUGGGAGAUGAGCAUGCCUGAUGAUGACCAGCACGCCUUGCGAUUCUUCCGGGUGGGCAGGGGGGAUGUGGGGGAAAUGACCUGCGAGGUGAGCAACCAGCAUGGAUAUGACCACUGCUUCAUCAGCUUGGAGUUGGCAGAGGCACCCCGCUUUGAAUCAAUUAUGGAAGACAUUGAUGUUGGGGUGGGCGAGACGCCACAGUUUUCUGUGGUGGUGGAGGGCAAACCCCUCCCGGACAUCAUGUGGUACAAGGAUGAGGUGCUCCUGACGGAAAGCAACCACCUGAGCUUUGUGUAUGAGGAGAGCGAAUGCUCGCUAGUUGUGCUGAACACCACAGAGCAGGACAGUGGGGUCUACACGUGCAUCGCCCGCAACCUGGCUGGAGAAGUGUCUUGCAAGGCCGAGCUGGUCGUCCGUGCAGCUGUGCCGGAUGCUGACGCCGCACGAGCAGAAGAAGCUGCACACACAGCUCGUCGCCUGGCCGAAUAUUACGAUGUCCACGAGGAGAUUGGCAGGGGAGCCUUCUCGUACGUGCGGCGAGUGACCCAGAAGAGUUCCGGUUUGGCCUUUGCCGCCAAGUUCAUCCCGUGCCGCGCCAAAGCUAAGAAAUCAGCGCGCCGUGAGCUUGGCAUCAUAGCUCAGCUGGACCACGAACGCAUUGUCUACUUCCAUGAUGCCUUUGAGAAGAGGAAUGCCAUCAUCAUUGUCAUGGAGUUCUGCACAGGAGAAGAACUGCUAGAGCGGAUUGCAAGGAAGACCUCUGUGAGCGAAUCUGAAAUACGUUGCUACAUGCGGCAGGUCCUGGAGGGUGUCAGCUACCUCCACCAUCAUGGCAUCUUGCACCUUGACAUUAAGCCUGAAAACUUGCUGCUGGCUGAACCCGGCAGCGAUCAGGUGCGAAUCUGUGACUUCGGCAAUGCCCAAGAGCUGAUUCCGGAUGAGCUGCAGUACUGCAAGUAUGGCACCCCCGAAUUUGUGGGCCCUGAGAUUGUCAGCCAGAGUCCAGUCUCCGGUGUCACCGAUGUUUGGCCAGUGGGAGUAAUCACAUAUCUAUGUCUCACAGGGAUCUCCCCAUUCGUGGGUGAGAACGACAAGACCACACUCAUGAACAUCCGCAACUACAACGUGGCUUUUGAGGAGAGUAUGUUCACAGGACUGACAAGAGAGGCUAAAGGCUUUGUUAUCAAAGUGCUGGUUAAUGAUCGCCUGAGACCCAAUGCAGAUCAGACCCUGGAACACCCCUGGUUCAAGACAUUAGCCAAGGGCAAGAGCAUCAGUACAGAUCAUCUCAAGCUCUUCAUAUCUCGCCGGAAAUGGCAGCGCUCCCAGAUCAGCUACAAGUGCAACAUGGUGCCACGGCCUAUUCCUGAGCUCCUAGAGGACACAUCCAGCCACUUGUCCAUUGCUGUGCCUCGCCUCCUCAAGGAGACUUCGGUAUUGUCCUCCUCUUCGGAUUCUGAUGACCCAGAGGAGUUGCCCUACAUUCCCAUGCCCCAUCAGCCUGAAUUUUCCGGCUCCCGCAUGUCCCUCACCGAGAUCCCAACAGAUGAUGAGCCUCUCGGGCCUGAAGGGGCUCCAGCAGAUGAAGAGGGCACAUUGAUGGAGUGGCAGGAUGAUGAGGGACAGGGAGCUGUGGUGGAUCCCAAGAGAAAGGAAGAAGCAGAGCUCUCUUUCAGGAGGCAGAAGGGCACGUUGCCACGGAAGCGCUCCACAGAGGCUGAGGAGCCUGGCUCUUCCGACGAGGAGGCUCGCGAGGCCCAGAAAAGGCCAGAGUACCCCAGGAAGGCCCUGAAGAAAGGCUCCAGCCUGGAUUCCCCAGAAGCAUCUGACAAAGCCUCGCGUAAGGGGGAGUUGCGCCGCGGCAGCUCUGCCGAUAGCGCCCUGUUGCUUAGCCUCCCCUCGGAUGAAGCGGAGCCCCACUCGCGCAAACGCCUGACCAAAGCAGCCUCCAUGGAGCUGCCCCGUCGGAGUCCCAGCCCUGGCACGUUGUACCGCAGGAAGGGCGGACUGCCAGAGGAAGAAUACACCCAGCGCCUGGAGGUCAUGCGGCAGCGCCUGCUGCACGGCAGCCCCGUGGACGGCAAGCUGAGCGGCUUGCGGGGGCCGCUGCUGGAGACCCUCGGCCUUGAGAAAAAGGGCUUGAGGCCUCCCAGGCUGGAGAAGCAGCUGCCCCCCGGGCACAAGAUGGUGCGCGCAGCCUCCAGUGAAACGGCUCCGCAGCACAUGCCCCCUGAGGGGCGCCUCCUGCAAAAGAGCAGCUCUUUCAGCCAAGGCGACGGGGAGCCUGUCACUCUGCACCGCCGCUCUGGAGCACCGCUGGAAAUCCCCUUAGCCCAGGCUGAAGUCCAGAGGCUGAAAGAGACGCCGUCCCUCUCUGCUCUGAAUGAAUCCAGGCCCCACACGCCACACGAGGUUCCCUCCAAGCCGCCUACCCCUGAGGUGGAGGCGGGAACAAAGCCCAUUGGCAGGGCUAGCUUGAGGAGACCAACUGCCAGGGGAACUGAGGAAAAGCCGUCAGCGAGAUUGUCCAAACCUGACACUCCAGAAGCUGCGAAAGCCACAGGCUCUCCAAGGGAAGUGACAACCCGCACACCCAUCUCACCCACCCCAGGCAGCUCGGCCCCCAAGCGUUCAGCCUACGCUGAUGUCAUGCAGACCCUGGCUGGCGAGUCAUCCCAGGUCCCUCACAGGGAGGCCGCAGAACCUUCUGCGGCUGCCUCAGAAGGUAUACCUCAAACCUUUCCAACACAGUCCCACAACACUGCUGCCUUUGCCAAGAAGGCCGCACAGACCCCCAGCAAGGAACCCUCCCCGCAGGUUCGCUCCUCCAGUGCUGAGCACAUCCUGGACAUUGACUCUGAAGAGGUCUUUGAGGCCAAAUUCAAGAGAGGCAGGGAAGGCUCCCUCAGCAGGGGCCGCAAGCUGCUCUCCAGGUCUGAGGAGCGGCAGCUGGCCAGGCCUCGGGAAGAGGGCAUCUACCGGCCAGGUCCUGUGGGUGCCCCGCUGGAGCUGUCCAAGUCUGGGGUCUCUCGACACCUGGGUGAGCGCUCUCGUUCCGUGCAGGACCUGCAUGAAGUGGAGAAGGAGGGCGGCUUCAUUCGCAGGAUGUCGCUGCGACUCCGACGCACACCUCCUGUCGAGAGGAGGAAGGCCAAGGAGGAGGCAGGAGGGGGAGCGAGGCUAUCUGGGAGCCUGGCUUCCAAGGACAAAAAGGACUCGGACAGCCAGCAGUCGGAGCCUGGCUCCAGCGAGUCGCCCGUCAUGGCUGUGCGCAGGAAGAUCGGGACCACCAUGGGGCGCCUCUCCACGCAUCUGCGCAGCCACUCACAACGUGGCGAGGAAGACCAGGCAGCUGCUGCUGGCGGUGACCGCGUCAGGCAGCCCGAGAAGAGAGCUCCUUUCCUCUCUCACCUGCGCCGUGCGACUUCUGAGGGGGAAAACCUGCGUCAAGUGGGUAUCCCGCAGAACCAGCUGGCAGCCCAGUCUGCAAGUGUCCCUUCCACAGAGUCCUUCCAGUCUGACACAUCCACAGGCAGCGGUCCUGGUGAGAGCCAGCGGCGCGGUUCUCGCUGGGAACGCUGGAGCUUGUCCAGAUCCAAGAAAGACAAGGUUGCUUCGCAGCCCAACAUUCCUGCCAGCCUGAGAGGGGACGGUGUUGUCAUUAUGAGUCAACCCUAUGUGCUCAGCGAGUCAGACUUCCCUCCAGUUUUCCACAUAAAAUUGAAGGACCAGGUAUUGCUGGAGGGAGAGGCAGUGCAACUCUGCUGCCUUCCUGCAGCCAGCCCUGCCCCUCGCAUACUGUGGAUGAAAGAUAAGCAUGCCCUGGUAUCAGAGGGUGUUCUCAACAUUGUGGCAUGUAAAGAUGGCCGCCAGCUGCUCACCAUCUCCAAAGUCUCCAAGAAGGAUGCAGGCUUGUAUGAAUGCAACGCUACCAAUGCGCUGGGCACUGCCACCAGUUCCUGCACCCUGGCUGUAGCAAAGAUUCCUGGGAGACCAGGCACCCCAGAAAUCCCCCAGAAGUACAGGAACACAGUCCUGGUACUAUGGAGGCCAGCAGAUACUCAGGCACCCUGCACGUACACGCUGGAGCGGAAGAUGGAUGGAGAGCAUGAGUGGAGGUUGGUCAGCUCAGGCAUCGCUGACUGCUACUUCAAUGUGACAGAUCUCCCUGUUGCGAGCAUGGUCAAGUUUCGUGUUGCCUGUGCUAACAAGGCUGGACAAGGUCCCUACAGCAACCCCUCGGGGAAGGUCUUCAUUGAGGGUGCAGAACCCAAGGCUGCCUUCUCAGCUCUCACUGCCAAAAAGAGUACAACUGCCCCGGAGAAAGCCGCUUUCACCAGAUCCACCCAGACCCUCACUGACCAGUCUCCCCAACCCGUGCGCAGAAAUACAGGUCCCCUGCCGUCCUCCCCUCCCAGGAAGCACAAGGGGGCAGUGCCGGCACAAGGGGGGAAGGCUCCUGCUGCCCCAAAAGUGACUCAACCUGAGGGAAAGCCUCUGGCCGCGGUGAAGGCCAAGCUCCCGAUUGCGGCCCUGGUUCCGUCCUCCAAGGAGGCCUCGUCUUCCGAACCUCCAGCUGUUGCGCAGUCCACCUCUCCAGAGCCAGACUUGAAGCCUUCCAGAACAGCAUCUUCUCUCAGCACCCACAGUGCCUCAGUGCCCACCAGGGUCUCGCCUGCUGCGGCAUCCUCCCCUGGCUCUUCCGUCUCCAAGUUUUUGCCCAUCUCUCCUGCCUUACCAACCCCCGCGGCAGACUCGCCAGUGACCGUCUCCCCGAAAGCUGUUCCCUACAUGGCCACCUCUUUCAUCUCCAUCCCACCAAGGGUGCCCAGCACGACGGAAGGUGCACGCAGCCAGCCAGUUACCCCCAGCCCAGAAGAGGUGCCUUCCCACACUCGCUUCCUGAGCCGCAGCACUACCCCUGGCCGGGACGCUGGAAGUGGGGCUCAGGGCAGGCUCGCUUCAACUUCCAAGGAUGAGUCGUCGUUGCGCCAAGGGGUCCCUCAAAAACCCUACACCUUCUUGGAUGAGAAAGCAAGGGGCCGGUUUGGAGUGAUCCGGGAAUGUAAGGAGAACGCCACGGGCAAGCGAUUCAUGGCCAAGAUUGUGCCCUAUGAAACGGAAAGCAAGCAGAGCAUCCUGCAGGAAUACGAGAUCCUAAAGGGCCUACACCACGAUCGCAUCAUGACUCUGCACGAGGCCUACAUCACCCCCCGCUAUCUGGUGCUGAUAGCUGAACACUGCCCUGGGAAGGAGAUCCUCUACCACUUUGUUGACAGGUUCCGUUACUCAGAGGAUGAUGUGGUGGGGUACGUAACACAGAUCCUCCAAGGACUAGAAUAUCUGCAUGGACGGCGCAUCAUUCAUCUCGACCUGAAGCCUGAUAACAUCAUCGUCAGCCCCACAAACACAUUAAAAAUUAUUGACUUUGGCAGUGCCCAGACCUACAACCCACUGGUGUUGCGCCAGCUGGGGCGUCGUGUUGGCACACUGGAGUACAUGGCUCCAGAAAUGCUGAAGGGGGAUCCCAUUGGUUCGGCAGCUGACAUCUGGGGCUUGGGAGUCCUCAUAUACAUCAUGCUCAGCGGACGCUCCCCAUUCUUUGAGAUGGAUCCCUUGGAAGUAGAGAGCAGGAUCCUGGCAGGGCGUUAUGAUGCCUUCAAGUUGUACCCCAACGUCUCCCAGAGUGCUGCACUCUUCAUCCGCAAGGUUCUCUCUGCCCAACCAUGGAGCCGCCCAGCUCUCAAGGACUGCUUUGCCAACCCUUGGCUCCAGGACGCCUACCUGAUGAAGCUGCGUCGGCAGACCCUCACCUUCACCACCAGCCGCCUGAAAGAGUUCUUGGUGGAACACCAACGGCAGCGCAACGAGGUGGCCACCAAGCACAAGGUCUUACUGCGCUCCUACCAUGGCUCCAGCAGCCACAUGCCCUAGCCGCCUGCCCUGCCGGACGAGCCACAGAACAUUCCAGCAGGGGGCGUGAUGGGCCAAGCACCCACCCACCCAGCCAGGGUGGGACUUGUUGAUAUACCUCAUGGAUCAAGAAGAGUCGUCAGCACUGGCCGCUGUUCUUCGCUCUACCUACCAGUCCUGGAGGUAGCCUGGCCCAGAGAGAGGGAGUCAAACAGUCCCUGGAGGCCGAAAAUGGCAGAUUGACAAGAAUCGCUGCCAUGGGGUUGGGUUCAGGGAGGUAUGAAGUGCAGUGGGCCAUGAAGCCAUGCUGUUCCCAGGCCAAGGUCAAGGGUGGGGGGAGAAAGCCUUGACGUUUCCUUGUCUAAAUAAACUCCUCCUCCCCGUGGGGAUGCAAAGGGC